AUGUCAAGGGCACUCUUACCCCCUCCGCCGCCUUCGGGAGCUCCAUCGACUAGUGGUGAUCAUCACUAUCGUCCUCCUCAUCAUCACCAUCAUCAGCAACAGCAGUAUAACUCUACCCAGUCUACUGCAGCCUGCAGUCCUAGCGCGACUGCGACUCUUCGGGGGAAUAGCAGUCAUACUGUUACGACGGAUGUGGAGAUCCUCGAGGAUAAAAAGGGGAGGAGGAACGGAGGGGUCCCUGUAUACUAUGAAAAAGGAAGAUUCCUCGGUAAGGGAGGCUUCGCAAAGGUAUACGAAUAUACAGAGCAGAAGACGGGACAACGAGUGGCUAUCAAAGCGGUUCAAAAAGCCAGCCUGACCAAAGAGAAGGCCAAGGCGAAGUUACAGAGCGAGAUUGCGAUACAUCGCUCGCUGAAGCAUCCGCGAAUUGUGCGCUACCUCUCUCACUUUGAAGACUCUAACUGUGUCUACAUCGUCAUGGAGCUUUGCGCACAUGCAACACUGAAUGAAAUUCACAAGCGGCAGAAACGAUUCACUGAACAAGAGGCGCGGCAUUACAUUUGGCAACUGUGUGAUGGAGUGAGAUAUCUCCAUCAGAAUAGAGUCAUCCAUAGAGACCUCAAACUCGGCAACCUGUUCCUCAAAGACAGUACAGACCUUAAGAUCGGUGAUCUUGGUCUUGCGGCUAAGUUGGAUUAUGAUGACGAUAGGAGGACUACAGUAUGUGGUACUCCGAACUACAUCGCGCCAGAGAUACUAGAGGGAGCCCAUCACAAAUACAAAGGGCACAGCUACGAGGUAGACAUAUGGUCUAUCGGUGUUAUUCUUUACACUAUGCUAUGCGGACGGCCACCGUUUGAGGAUCAGGACGUCAAGGCAACUUACAGAAGAAUUCGUCAUUGCCAGUAUAAAUUCCCCGAUAGUGUUUCCAUUUCCAACGAGGCUAAGUGCCUUAUACAGAGCAUGCUGCAGAUAGAGCCGAAUCAGCACACGCUCUGGCACGAUCAGUGCAAAUCGGGGAAUGUGCUUAUCGAGGGAGCCCUCACCCUCGGCAUCUUCAGCAUGUCGAACACAAUUCACUGGGAUCCGGCACUGCGACGAACUCCUCAGUCUGUGGCUACUUUGGGAGUAGCGAGUAGUCCAGGAACGUCCUCUCGGCGCAUACCGAGUCACAUGCGGCAGGGCAGCACAACAGCAUCAGGACGACGUCACCCUAUACCGUCUGCUGGCGAUCGGCUCACUCCUGUAGUGUCUCCGGGCUCAGACAAAGAUAAUGUGACUUCGCCUCCCACCACCGGUUCGAAAAUGAAGGAUGGUCUUUUGCGGCAGGCAUCUCCGUUGCUGCGGACGCGGAACGUUCAGGACAACCAUCCCACAAAUAUAUCAACACCUCAAGCAAGCUACUCAUCGGCGGAUGGUACAUCGUCAGUCAGUGGUCACGUCAUACGCGGUCCCACGGGACGGGUUCUGGGGCGGGAGAACGGUCCGUUGCCGGCUGUAUGGAUCACCAAGUGGUGCGACUUCACAUCGAAGUACGGGAUCGGUUUCCUCCUCUCGAGUGGCAAUAUGGGAGUUUACUUCAACGACAGCACGCAGAUGAUCACUCUUGAGCCACCAACUGAUACGCCACUGACGAGCACACGAGUGGAGUAUCGAUAUAGAAGCAGCAGCAGCAACACAGAGCGGAUGGAGGUGCUCCCAAUGGAUGGCCAAGGCAGCCAAGUGGAGUCUGAGAACCGUCCAGAGAAGGGUCAGGGAAGCACUAGAGAUGUCAAGAAGAAAUUGACCUUGAUGAAGCAGUUCCGCGUCUUUUUACUUCAAGACGAUACGAAGCGUGAAGGGGUAAGAUUCGGCCAUAGUCGAAUCGAUCUGGAGGGUCGCUCGUCGACUGACCAUCCCGAAGCCUCCCAUGAAGUCGUGGGAAUCCGCAAGUUCCUCGAUACUAAACACGGUAUACUGUUCACGUUGACUGAUAAGAUUGUACAGGUCUGCUUCUAUGAUGGCUCAGAGCUGGUUCUGUCGCCCAAGACGGGGUCUGCUGUCUAUGUGUGUCGAAAAACUGGUCGUCGAUAUACGUUCAGCCUCAGUCGGUUGCCCGAACUCAAUAACCUCGGUUCUCGUGAUCAAACGGCCCAUGAUGUGGCUAAGCGUGUGAAAUUCACCAGGGAAAUCCUCAGCCACUCGCACUCCUCGCACGGCAGCGUUACGCAGAGUCGAUGAUCAUUACGUUCUAUGGCACUGCUGCUAUUGCCACUACUAAUGUAGCCGACGACAGCCUCUUUUUGCACUUGUAAUUACAAUGAUAACACCAUUAGUUGUUAUUUCCGGGGCUGCGAAGUGAUGAUGAUAAUAACUUACAGUCCACAUUCAACACAUAAAGCAACAUU